AUGCCCGGCGCGACUUCCCGUAGCACACGAUCCGCCCGUGGGAAGCUGAGCCCAAGUAAACAAGCUCCUCCCCCCGAUAUUAGCGAUUUCGCUCGUCUUGCCAAAAAUCAACAGAGCCCUAGCAAAGACAGCACCUCGAAGAAGCGCACCCAAGCCGAAACCACACGUACUUCCUCGAUCGAGAUUGUUCUCAGUUCACGAAAGAGAAAAGUUAACGAUGACUCUGAUCUUGAAUCUUCACCAACCAUCUCCAAAAAGCUCCGCCAAAAGAAGAGCGAGGAGACGAAGGGCAACGAGAAUAUUGCUCCUUGCGAAACUCCACGCAGGAAGAAGAAGACCGUGAGGUUCGAGGACAUCGUGUCGGUCAAGACCGAUCAGAAUAACGAAAAUAAGAAGCUGGACUUCAAAGCCACACCGAACCUCCGUGCGCCAGCCAUCUCCGCAAGUCGAAAGCGGCGGCUGCUCGAGGAAGACGACGAGCCCCUACAAAAGAACAAUUGCGAUGCUACAGAAGCCGAGGAACUAUUGGGUCGCUUGGCGCUCCAAUCGCCCGCGAAGAGGUUGAAACAUCAUGUAGGCGAAAGCAGCGAACUCGUCCAGUUGCUCGACCUCCAAGCCGCGUUCCUCAAAACUUAUACAAUGCAAUUGGCGCACAACGGCUCCAACUCACCGGUCGACCUGCGGACACUAUUGCCCAGCGUCACCCGAACCUGGGGCAAGCGCAAGGUGACGAUCGAGGAUAUCCAGCGCUGCAUCGGCGUUCUGAACUGGGUAUCAUCUGCAAAGUCCGCGGCCACCACAACAGCCCCCUUCUACCUCUCCGACUACGGCCGCGGCAAGAUCUGCAUCGAGCUACAAGAGAGCCACACGGGCCCUCUCCACGAACACAAGCUCAACAUGGACUUCGAGUCCAGCCUCAGAGCCCUCUGGAACUCGCGCCGACCAGGCCAAGUUGCCUCACUCUUCCUCAGCACCCUUCCACAGGCACCGAUCAAGGCCUGUGCGUCCGCGAUCAAAGCCGCCUCCCUCUUGAACAAGAACCAGCGCACGCUCGAAGAACUCAAGAACGGCGUCGUCCGCAAGCAACAAUUGCAACAAGAAACGAAGCAGCAGCCCAUAACACCUCCUGCUCCUCUCAAGCCUGACGGUACCAAACUCUCCCUUCUCGACCGCAUCCGUCUCAAAGAAAACCAGGCCGCCCUCGCCGCUCUGACUGGUCCCUCGGCCGCUGAGCUCGCGCGUCGCGCCGCGCUUCAGCGAGCAGAGGACAUCGCAGCCGUGAUCGGGAUGUUGUGCACGGCCACGGGCGCACAGGCACGUAUGGCGUUUACCAUGUCGGCGCUACUUAUUAAGCUCAAGGACUCACUGCGGACGCCCACCUCGCAGGAGGACGCGGCGACUUGCGUGCGCCUUUUGGCGAGCGAGGUGGCGCCGCAGUGGCUGAGGAUCGUGACGGUGGGUGGGAGGGAGAAUGUUGUUAUUCAAACGGCUUUGCAGCCGAGCAAGACAGAGGUUGCGCAGAGGGCUAAGGCUUUGUUGGGUUGA